CUUCCUCAAACAACCCAUAUUCCCACCCAAACUCAUCUCUCUUUGCUACCUCUUAGUCAAACAAAGUAACAAACCAUCCUCCCCUCUCUUCUCUUCUUUUGUUCUCUAGAUUUCUUCUCUCUUGUUUCUUAGAAUCCGUACAAUCUAAUCAACACAACAAAAAUGGAUGCAAUUAGUUGCAUGGAUGAGAGCACCACCACUGAGUCACUCUCUAUAAGUCUUUCUCCGACGUCAUCGUCGGAGAAAGCGAAGCCUUCUUCGAUGAUUACAUCGUCGGAGAAGGUUUCUCUGUCCCCGCCGCCGUCAAACAGACUAUGCCGUGUUGGAAGCGGCGCGAGCGCAGUCGUGGAUCCUGAUGGCGGCGGCAGCGGCGCUGAGGUAGAGUCGCGGAAACUCCCCUCGUCGAAGUACAAGGGCGUGGUGCCCCAGCCCAACGGCCGCUGGGGUGCGCAGAUUUACGAGAAGCACCAGCGCGUGUGGCUUGGAACGUUCAACGAGGAAGACGAGGCGGCGCGUGCGUACGACAUCGCCGCGCAGCGGUUCCGCGGCAAGGACGCCGUCACGAACUUCAAGCCGCUCGCCGGCGCCGACGACGACGACGGAGAAUCGGAGUUUCUCAACUCGCAUUCCAAACCCGAGAUCGUCGACAUGCUGCGAAAGCACACGUACAAUGACGAGCUGGAGCAGAGCAAGCGCAGCCGCGGCGUCGUCCGGCGGCGAGGCUCCGCCGCCGCCGGCACCGCAAACUCAAUUUCCGGCGCGUGCUUUACUAAGGCACGUGAGCAGCUAUUCGAGAAGGCUGUUACGCCGAGCGACGUUGGGAAAUUGAACCGUUUGGUGAUACCGAAGCAGCACGCGGAGAAGCACUUUCCGUUACAGAGCUCUAACGGCGUUAGCGCGACGACGAUAGCGGCGGUGACGGCGACGCCGACGGCGGCGAAGGGCGUUUUGUUGAACUUCGAAGACGUUGGAGGGAAAGUGUGGCGGUUUCGUUACUCGUAUUGGAACAGUAGCCAGAGUUACGUCUUAACCAAAGGUUGGAGCCGGUUCGUUAAGGAGAAGAAUCUGAAAGCUGGUGACACGGUUUGUUUUCACCGGUCCACUGGACCGGACAAGCAGCUUUACAUCGAUUGGAAGACGAGGAAUGUUGUUAACAACGAGGUCGCGUUGUUCGGACCGGUCGGACCGGUUGUCGAACCGAUCCAGAUGGUUCGGCUCUUUGGGGUUAACAUUUUGAAACUACCCGGUUCAGAUACUAUUGUUGGCAAUAACAAUAAUGCAAGUGGGUGCUGCAAUGGCAAGAGAAGAGAAAUGGAACUGUUCUCGUUAGAGUGUAGCAAGAAACCUAAGAUUAUUGGUGCUUUGUAACGUUACGUUAGGUUUUUUUUUUCUUUUUUUUUUUCGGGAGUUUUUGUGACUGAUGAAAGAAAGAAGGUACAAGAACGGCGGUGUAGUGGCAUGGCAAGUUGCUGCAAAGUGCAAAAGGUGAAUUGUAUAUUACUUAAUAUUAUUAGAUGUUGAAAUUAGGUGUAAUGUAACAAAAACUGUACAAGAAGAAGAAAAAAGGUUUUAAGAAGGGGAGAAGAAAAAUAAAAAUAAAAGAUAUCAUAUGAAAACUGUUUAAUGGUAUAUGUUGAUAAUAUUGUUGAAUGUAUGUUCA